CGGCGUUUGUGUCAAUGGGGCGCGUGCUCUGCUCGCUCAGGUAGACGACGAUACUAUCAAACCAGGAAGUGUUUACGGGAACGUAUUUCGUGCAUUUUUACGUUUUUUAACAUGUCACAAGAAGUCCGAUAUUGCGAUAGGUGCUCGUACAUCUUUCUCAAGUUCUCGUUAAUCGUAUAUGCAACAAUUUUCUGGUUGAUAGGGGGCUUUAUUUUGGCCAUCGGCAUCUACGCGGAGGUGGAGAGGCAACGGUACAAAACGCUGGAAGGAGUGUUCCUGGCUCCCGCCAUUAUCCUCAUUGUGCUCGGUGUGGUCAUGUUCAUCGUUUCUUUCAUUGGGGUUCUGGCGUCUCUCAGAGACAACUUGUGUCUUCUCAAAGUGUUUCUUUACAUGCUCGCUCUCUGUCUCAUUUUGGAGCUCGUCGGUGGGAUUGUUGCUUUGAUCUUUAGGACCCAGACAGUGGACCUUCUCAACAAAAACAUUCGUAAAGGCAUGGUGAAUUACUAUGAUGACCUUGAUUUCAAAAACAUAAUGGACUUUGUUCAGAAUAAGUUCAAAUGUUGUGGGGGAAAGGAGUACAAGGACUGGGAGGUGAACAUGUAUCAUAAUUGCACUGCUCCUGGUCCGCUAGCAUGUGGAGUGCCAUACACCUGCUGUAUUAACAAGCCUUCUGAAGUUGUUAAUACGAUGUGUGGAUACAUGACCCUCAAUAAAGAGAGACUAGAAAAUGUAGAGGUCAUCUACAUCCGCGGUUGCAUGGAUGCAGUCUUUAUUUGGUUCAUGGAUAACUAUACAAUCAUGGCUGGUCUUCUUCUGGGCAUCCUACUACCUCAGUUUUUUGGAGUGCUCUUUACCUGGCUUUAUAUCACCCGUGUGGAAGAUGCCAUCGAGGAGUACGGUCACUAUGUGGAUGGUCUGCUGGACGAAAAACCCAGGAAGCAAAGCAAGCUGGCCAAAUGCUGUAGAUGUAUGCCUUUGAUGGACUGAGUGAAAACUCCUAACAUUAAGCCUUAUUUUGGAUACUACAUAAAGGAUUUAAGCAGGUACUAUCACCUGCUGUGGAUGAAUUUAACUGUUUGUAGCACACAACUGUGCUGUUAGUGUUGUAAUAUCAGCCAAAGAUACACUGAUGUAAGCAAGUCAUAUUUGUACUGUCAACAUUGUUUUUACAGUUACUCUCAGGAUUUAUUAUUUAUCCUGUCAGCUGAAAAUGGGUAGUUUAUGUGUCCAAAUUAAGUGAUGCUUGGACUGACCUUUCAUCUCAGGUUCUUUCUACUAAAUCACACCUGAAUUGUAGACCGAAGAUGCUGUAUAUUUUCGUCAGGAAGUCUGAUUUGACAAUUGGCACCCUGUCAGUCGGUGAUAAAGUGCAGGGUUUCUUUUUUUUUCAGUGCUAACAGUGCACGUCACAUAAGAGAACUUCAAUAGAAACUACAUUCGUCAUAAGAUUGCUGUUUGUACACUGAGAUGUGAUUUUUGUAGAUGAGUAACAGAGUUUCCACACUAAAAUCUUUGUAAAUCCAAUGCCUUGGUUGCUACCAUUUGCUUUUUUAUUAUUUUUUAUUUUUUUUUUUACAUCAUUUCAAAAUAGGCCUUUACCGGAAACAACGUGUAUUCCUCUUAAUCUCCAUUAAGAUACUAUAUGAGCUGAUUAUUUUGUAAUACUAAUCUGGGAGUUUUAAUGAAUGAAUUUUAAUAAAGUUUUUUUCUUUUUGUUAUUUCAGAGCUGCAUUUAUAUAUCUUUUAAA